AUGUCGGCUACUACAGCCCUCGUGCCAAUUCAGAUAUCGGCCAAUAUCUCCCUGGAGGAGUGGCGCCAAUUCCAAGAGUGGAGGAGCGAAAAACUGCGGCUUCAACGUGAAGCAGGGGAAGCAGGGGUGGAACAUGAACUGCGGUCCGAGGAUGAAGCUGAGAUAAUUGAACGGUUGGGGGGUGACAUUGAGAGAGAGCACAGAGAAGCUUCCGAGAAGCAAGCUAUAGUUGACGGUAGUGAAGUUGGUGAUAAGAAAAGAAAGCGGAGAUCGUUUGGUCGGGAAUACAAAUUGGACGCAAUCUCCUUCUUGGAGAACGGUGUAAUGAACUCGGGAGUAGAUGGGGAGUGCCCGGUUUCUGUUCGCCAUUGCGCGAAGAAAUUCGGGGUCGAACCAAAGAACAUCCGUGACUGGCGGCGCCAGGUCAUGAAAAUUCGAGCCUCGGAAGCAGGUGCAAAGUGCAUUGGCAGCGGCCGCAAGCCCGACUGGCCUGAGAUGGAGCAACUACUCCACGAUCGUUUCAAGGAAUGGAGAAACUCUGGACGUCGUGUAGAUCACAGCUGGUUCUUUCGAAAUGGAAAGGAGAUCUUUGAAGCCCGCUACCCAGACCAUGUCACCACAGACCUUAACGGUCAAAAGAAGUAUACAUUAAAGUGGUCCCGCGGCUGGUUCGACGGCUUCAAACGCCGUAAGGGCAUUAUGUUCCAGGCGACCAACAAAAAGCGCACACGGGUGCCCAGCGAAUCUGAGGACGAUGACGCUGGUGAGACCGAAGGCGAAUACAUACAAAUUCAAGAGGUUGAUGGGAUGAGCAUCGAUAUAUCCCCGAUCGAGUUUGAGCAAGGGCACUCGCAGUACGGGCAAGGCCAUUGA